AGAAAAUAAAAACCCAAGCUUCAUUUUUUUCCCUUCGUUCACUCUUUUCCAGUUUUCUACUUUCCUUCUUCUUCUUCCUUCCUUCACUCGUAUAUCACUUCCUUCCUCGUUUCGUUAACCUUCUAAUUCAAUCCAUUCCUCACUUCCUUUUCAACCGAAGCUUUUCUCCGAUAAUCGCAGAGAGAAAGAAUAAUGGAUUGGGGAAACGUAACCGCGGAGGAUCUGAUCGACGCGCUCCGCGAGGUCGAUUGGUCGUCGCCGCCGCGCCCGCUGUCGGAAUUCUUCUCGCGAUUCACUGUUCCCAGAUCUUCCUCUAAAUGGAACAGCCGCCUCAAAUGCAACCUCUACUACUACCGGACCAACUACUUCAUUUUGAUUGUUUCUGUUCUCAUAUUGGGUUUUCUUCGAAGACCGCUAGCUAUUGUAGCUGCACUUCUUACGGCACUCAGCAUUGCUUUUCUGAAUGACAGCUUUGCAGGUACCUUUAGUGAGAAGGUAACAAGAACAGUUAGGCAAUUUUCACCACAUUUAGCUGCCAAAAUGAGACCUCCUCUCACGCCUGUUAUUCGUGGACGUCCAUCAUCCAAGAGAGCAAUUUAUAUAUGUGGCCGGCCGCGUUGGGUAUUUGUCUUGAUAUUUUCUUCUGCAAGUUUCUUUCUUUGGUUUGUUUCUGCUGGUCUCCUGACAGUUUUAUGGGCUCUUGCUAUUGGUCUUCUUGCUACCAUCCUGCAUGCAAGCUUUAGAACACCUAACUUGAAAGCUCGUCUAAACACAUUCCGUGAAGAAUUUCGUGCAGUAUGGCGCAAUUAUAGUGAACUGUAGCUUACAUAAAAUUUGUUGGACUUGGAUGUGUUGCUGCUUUAUUGUUGAAGUAUUUUCUGUUAAUUGGAAUGGAACAUUCCAUGGCAAGCUGCCGACCAUUGGAGACUAUAAGCAGAUUGUAAAUUUUCAGGAAUCUUGUUUUUUGUAAAGUACACUGUUUUCUUGUUUAUGUCUAGCGGAAGCUUUGGAAUAUUGAUACACGCUGUAACCUAGACAUUGUCAUAAUUCUAGUUGCCAAAAUUCUUAAUUGCUCUGGACAUUGGUGACAUAAAAUACUUCAAUUUCUUUUAUGUUUGUUAUUAGUAGGUUUCAUUUUAUUUUGAUAUUGUGGUUGUGUUCUCUGGUAAAGAUUGUAACAAUGGUUGCUUGCAUUGUAUGAUGCAUGCAUCUGAAGCAGUUUAUUUUAGUAAGAAGUGGGAUAGUAGAACUUCAAUUCUUGCA